AUGGCAAUAAAUGGGGCUCGAGCCUCAUCCGUGGUCUCCAGUACUGAGAGCCUAGUCGGCGCAUCUGGAUACAGGUUCAGUACAGACGAUAAAAAGAUCGUGAAGGUUAAGUUGAAGAAGUUCUCGUUUACAGCCCAGUGGGAAAAUGGAGCAAACGGUGUUAAAGAUGGCACUGCCUCGGGUGAAGCCCCGUCACCGGUCCUGCCUCACUUUGAUGAAGAAACAAUGGCCAACUUCCCGAACGGCAAACAAGAAGCCCUGGAUACCCUUAUCUGCAAGCAUUGCAAGAAGGUGGUGUUGAAACGGACGGCUAAAGAACACGUUGCAUUAUGUUUAAAGUCCAAGCAGGAAAAGGCCCGAAAGAAGAAGGAGGCUCGAGAAGCGGCUCAGCGGGCCAAAGAGCGAGCAGAACGGGCCGAAGAAGACGAUGACGAUGACGACGAUGGCAAAGAUGGCAAAGGUUCGAGAAAGGACGCCAUCAGCGGCGAAGGUGGUGAUGAUGGCACCAAAAAGAGCAAGAAACGCAAGGCAGAUGGCGAAGACGAUAAAGAGCCGAAGAAGAAGAAGAAAAAGGAGGAGCAGAAACCCAAAGCCCCCAAGCCCAAAGGACCGGUCGAUGUCGAGAAACAAUGCGGUGUUACCCUGCCGAAUGGUGCUCAAUGUGCAAGAAGCUUGACUUGUAAGAGCCACUCUAUGGGUGCCAAACGUGCGGUUCCGGGUAGAAGUCUGCCUUACGACAUGUUGCUUGCUGCAUAUCAAAAGAAGAAUCAAGCACGGCAGCAAAAAGCUGCCAUCGAUGCGAAUGCACCUGCUCUGCUUGAAGAUGAUCUCGAUGCGACCCUGACCGGACCCGUCGAUUCAGACGAGGAACGAGAUUCAGUCAUGACAGCCAUCUCCCGGAGCCUGGCUCGUCCUCAACCACUCGUCACUCGAACACUAUAUCCGACGAAACGGAAAUAUCAGCUCGUUCGAAUGAAGGAGAUGCUGUCUAAUGCACUGAGCGGGAAUAGAAGUGGAGGACUGUUCAGUGUACCUCCAGAGAGUGCUAGAAGUGCAGUUCCUCCGUCUGCGACGAAUGACGCUUUCCCACCGACAGUGUCGGCUUCGCCCGCGCCAGCAGGCGUGGGUAUGGCUCAACCGGGGCUGAAAGCACCUCCCAGAAAGACAUCCAUCGACGUCGCCUAG